AUGUCCGGUUACCCGCACAAUGUUCCCGGCUACGGUUACGGCCAGCCACCGUCAUCUCAGCCGUACUCCUCCACCCCAUACGGCGCUCCACCGCCGUCUUCAGCCUCACCUUAUGGUGCUCCACCACCGUCUUCAUCAUCACCCUACGGUGUUUCACCAUCACCUUACGGUGCUCCACCACCGCAUUCAUCAUCACCCUACGGUGCUCCACCUCCUCAAUCUCACUCCCCUUACGCUCCCGUUACGUCUCCCUACGGCGCCGGAGCACCGCCUUACGGUGAUCCGCAUAAACCCCCAAAAGAGAAUAAACCACAGUCUUCAUCGCCUUACGGUGGGGCAGGAGCAGGGUACCCUGCCCCACCUCCUUCGGCUCCUUACGGUGAUCCGAACAAACCACCGAAGGAUAGCCACUCACAACCGUCUGCUCCUUAUGGUGGAUACCACGCGCCACCUCCUGCUGGGCCUUAUGGAGCUAGUAGCCCUUUUGCAUCUCUCGUGCCCUCUGCUUUUCCACCGGGAACCGAUCCGAAUAUUAUAGCAUGUUUCCAGCUCGCGGAUCAGGAUGGGAGUGGGUUAAUUGAUGAUAAGGAGCUGCAGAAGGCGCUUUCUUCGUAUAAUCAGAGCUUCAGCUUGAGGACUGUUCAUCUGCUUAUGUAUCUCUUCACCAAUACCAACACUAGAAAAAUCGGUCCCAAAGAAUUCACUUCAGUGUUUUACAGUCUUCAAGAAUGGAGGGGAAUUUUCGAGAGAUUUGACAGGGACAGGAGUGGAAAAAUUGAUUCAUCUGAAUUGAGGGACGCAUUACUUAGCCUGGGAUAUGCUGUAUCACCUUCUAUCCUGGAUUUGCUGGUCUCCAAGUUUGACAAAACUGGUGGAAAGAAUAAGGCCAUUGAAUAUGAUAACUUCAUUGAGUGCUGCCUCACUGUUAAAGGGCUUACUGAGAAAUUCAAGGAGAAGGAUACUUCAUAUUCCGGCUCUGCUACGUUCACUUAUGAGUCCUUCAUGCUAACAGUUUUGCCUUUCCUGAUCGCUUAGAGACGAGGCAUAUGAAUUUCACAAUUACGGGUGGUCUUACUAUGACUUACCAGCUUCGUUUUCGUUUGUUUUCAGGAGAGAUGUUUGCUUCUGUUAGUUUUUGUAAACAGUUUUCAGGGUGAAGUUGAAUGGCUU